AUGACUGCAGCCAGUAUGUAUUGGCUCGAUUUAACCAAUGGAGAAAGAGAUUUAUGUAUUGGAAUGAAUGUAGAUGGUCGAUACAAACAAGAAUUAAUGUCAGUCAUUGGAAUGUUUGUCAAUGCUAUUCCUUUGCGAUGUCAAUUAGAUCCCCACUGGUCUUUUCAUCAACUUGUUGAUCAUGUUUGUGAAAUAAUGAGCAAAAGUUUGGAAUAUUCUUAUUUUCCUCUUCAAUCUAUUCUUGCUCAACAACCAAAUGCAACAAAGGCUACAUUUCUUGACACAUCAUUUGAAUUCCUUUCCAAUGAAAAUGAGAAUGUUAUGAAUGAAGUGAUGAUUGGCAACAGUGAACUUCAUAUCAUACCUCUUUCAAUCAAGAUCAGUAAAGAUGAAAUCAUGAGUAAAUUUGAUUUCUCACUCCCUAUUCAACAUGAUGUGAAUAUCGGUCAUUUAUCAUGCACAAUCAAUGCAUCACUUGAUUUGUUCGAUAUAAAGACUAUUGAAACAAUUGCACAUCGAUUUCAAUCCAUGUUAGAACAAUUAUUUAUCUGUUCGAUCGAUGAUGAUAAUGAUCAGAUGAUGAAACCAAUCUAUGAAUUAUCAUUAUUAUUAUCAAAUGAAAAACAAUUCAUUCAAUCAAUGACAAAUACACAAAUAUCAUUUCCUUCUGUUAAAUGUAUUCAUCAUGAAUUUAUCGCUCAAGUGAUGAAAUAUCCUCAAAAAGUAGCGGUUGAAUUAGAUGAACAAUCACUCACAUACAGUGAACUUUUCUAUUAUGUACAAGUGGUUGCAUUAAAUCUUCUAAAUAAACAUGAAAUAGUUCCAGGUGAGAUUAUUUGUCAAUGUGUAGAACGAAGUUUAUCAAUGGUGAUUGGAAUCAUGGCAAUCGAGAUGAUUGGUGGUGUAUAUUGUCCUUUAUCACCUCGAGAUCCACAACAUCGUUUGUAUGCACUUUUGGAACAAACUCAAUAUCGUCUUCUUCUUCUUCAUCCUCUUACACAAUCUAAAUUCAAUGAUGAUAUCAUCUGGACAGAUCUCGAUCAAAUACUGUUGGAGAAUGACGUAGCUGAAGAUAUAGAUGUUGAUCGAUUAUCACACAUAGAAAUAACACGAGAUAGUAUAGCCUAUAUCAUUUUCACAAGUGGUUCAACUGGAGUACCCAAAGCGUGUGUGACAAUCGGAGAAGAAGGCGAAUUAUUUGUUGGAGGAGUAGGUGUCUUCGCUGGUUAUCUUGGUCGUGAAGAUUUGACAAUGAAAGCACUCAUCGAAAUUAAUGGUGAAACAUUCUAUCGAACAGGUGAUCUUGUUCGAAUGGAUGACAAUGGACUUAUUCAUUACAUCGGACGAAAAGAUCAUCAAAUCAAACUGCACGGACAACGUAUUGAAUUGGGUGAAAUCGAACGAUGUUUGCUGAAUACAUCGAUCUCUGCUUGUGUUGUCAUAAAAUGGGGUGAUGAUCAUUUAAUUGCUUAUGUACAAUCUUCAGACAUGAAUGAAAUACAAUUACGUGAACAUUGUCAAGCUCAUCUUCCACCGCACAUGAUUCUAUCAAUGUUCAUAGUACUCGAGCACCUACCUUUGAGUGCUAGUGGAAAAGUAGAUCGAAAAUGUCUACCUUCUCCGGAUUUUUCCGCUUCAGAGAAUGGGAAACAUUUUGAUUCUGAGCGGGUAACACCACUUGAAGAUCAUUUACGUCGUAUUUUUAGUGACGUAUUUCACAGUAAAUCGCCGAACUUGGAUACAUCUUUCGGGCAGAUGGGUGGCACAUCUUUGGAUGCUAAAAAGGUGGUACGAAUCAUUCGACAAGAAAUAUAUAGUAAGGCGAAUGCCGCUCUUUUAUUUUCCAAUCCAUCCAUUCGACAACUUGCGCGUGCAAUCGAACCGUUAUUAUCCGACAGUAAUGAAUCCUCCAACAUACCGACGAUUUUAGGAUCCGAGGAUGAUCAACGACGAGCAAUGCCAUCUUUGUGCAUUGAAAUACCAGGCGUUGUAUUACUCAUUCUUCUUUGGUUAUGGCCCAUAUGGAUGGCAUGCAGAUUGAAUUCUUUUCUCCUGAUUGCUUUCAUGCAUCUCUUGCACCUCUUAUCUUAUGUUGUUUGUCAACGUCUUUUGUUUAUUGGUCAAGGAAAAGAAAGUACCGAAGGCGAGUUGUACUCAUGGAACUAUUAUCGUUGGUGGUUUCUAAAUAGCUUGUGGUUGAACAAUAAUUCUUAUUGUUUAAGACAUUUGUUAGGUACACCAUUUUACAAUUGUUUUCUUCGAUUAUGUGGAGCUCAAAUUGGAUGGCAUACACAUAUUUAUACAACAUUGAUCGACACUCCUUGGUUGCUGGAAAUAGGUGAAUCAACAUUGAUUGGCGAAGAAGUUAUAUUGUCAAGUUUAUCUUACCAAGAUCGAGCCUAUAAACUUCAACGAAUUUCCAUCGGAUCACAAUGUUCGAUCAGCACGCGUUGUGUACUAUAUGAAGAUGUUGUUAUAGAAGAUCAUGUGUUCGUUGAGCCCAUGUCUGCUAUCACAGGUCAUGUUGCAACAACGAAUGAUCAUACAAUCAUCAGAAAUCGCUCAUUAUCAUUAAGUCCUGUGACGCCAGGACAUUGUUCGCCGAAUUCUUAUUAUUACUUGCAUAAAGUAUGGUUACGUCAGUUGACCAUAUCAUCAUUUCAUUAUUUCUUGGGAUUUUUACCAUCAUAUCAAGUUUUAUCAAGUAUCAUUCUACGUUGGUUAGGUGCUGAUAUCGAGGAAGACAUUAGAUUCGCUGAAUUUCAACAGAUAUUAAAUUUCCCAUCCAAUCUUCUUAGCAUUGAGCAUGGUGUGACAAUAUUUGGAUAUGCUGCGCUUGCUCCAUUCCAGUUGACGAAAGAAGGUUUCUGUUGUAUUGAUACAAUACAUAUUGGUUCAGGUACAACUCUUGGUAACUUAUGCACACUUAUGCCAGUUAAUUGUGAUCGUAAUGGUGUAUUGCUUGGUAUUCCAGCUCAUGAAAUGCCAUUUGGAAUGUCUGACAUUAUUUCUCUUGAUAACGGUACAUCGUUAUCUGUUUCUAUUGCAUUAUUUAUUCAUACAAUUCUAUUUUGUGCUGUUCAUCGUUAUUUGACUUCGGAUACUCUGAAUCGCAACCAGUUUACAUUUUCAGAGAUUAUAACUCGCACACAAGAUUUUUUUCGUGCACUGACGACUGACUUUGAUACACUCUUAGCACCAUUUAUAUCAGGAACACAAUUAUUGGUCUAUCUUCUUCGUUCUACGGGUGCUCGAAUUGGACGUGAUGUCAUAUUACCCAAUAUUGCUUGUGUCACUGAUGCCCAUCUUACCACUAUUACAGAUCACGUUCGAUUGAAUUUAGGCGCCUAUCUUCAGUGUCAUACGUUCGAACACCGUUUGUUAAAACUUGCACCUGUUACAGUAAACAAUUCAUGUGUACUCAUGAGUGGUGCUUAUAUACUUUCUGGAUCAACACUUCAAGGACGAAAUCACAUCUUACCAUUAACGCUGGUGAUGAAGGGUGAUCAACUACCAUUUAAUACAAACUGGAUAGGAGUACCGGCGCAACAAACUAGUUAG